UAAUACAUUAAAUCGUAUACUGCGUAGCCUGUUUGCUGUGGGCCUACAGUCAGCUGUUCCCUGGAAACGUCAUAAAGAGGAGACGUGUUUCCCGCCGCUGUCGGAUGCUGAGACGCGCGAUCAGCCUGUGGAUGCUUGAUGUCCAUUAUGAAACGCAAUGCUGCACCGGGUACCGAGUAAUAGGCACAGCGCGUUUGCGAUCAAAUGAAUUACAAGAAUCAAAUUUAGCUGCCAAAUACUGCUGGUGCGGACGGUCCAAGGUGGUCCUUCUCAUCAGCCCUCUGCUUCCUUUCUUUUCUUGGAUUGUGGAUAACAAGAAGCCUUCAAGACGGAGGGGGUGGUGGAGCAUCGAGGAAAAAAUAGGGGCAAUAUGAGAGAACGGGACUUCAUGCCCAAUAUGGAGAGGGGCAAACCUGCUACUUAUACGGGGGACAAAAAGGCUAAGAUGGCUGCUAAGACUAACAAGAAGUGGGUGAGACUAGCCACUGUUUUUGCAUAUGUAUUGUCCGUAUCUUUAGCAGCCAUCAUCCUGGCAAUUUACUACAGCAUGAUCUGGAAACCAACCAGCGCAUCCUCAUCUGCGGGGAAGCCAGGAGUGCCCGAGGAGGUCACCCCCACUGCGAACAUCUCGACUAAUAUUUCCACCAGCAACAAUGUGACGGAUUGGAACUCUACACAAAGUGGAUUGUUGUCUCUCAACCAGAGCAGGCAGGUCACAACCCCGUACAGCCAUGCGUUUCAGUGGGUUGACAGAGCCGAGCGUGCGGCGGUGUCUGGAGCAGAAGUUGCGCACACGGAGCAGCAGAAGAAGGAGGAAGGUCUCUCCGCGUCUUCCCGGAGCCAUGCGAGCACUGAGAGAUCGGACACAUUGGAGAGACACACCGGAGAGAGCACCGACAUCCCGCCAGCCGCCGGGGAGUCUGAGGACGGUGAGGAGGUGGAGGCGCACAGACUGGCUGGCGGGGUGAUCGGCACAAGCGACCCUGACCAGCCGGCUGCAGAAACGGCCGCGAAGAGCGGAGCUGGCCUGAAAGGAGACUGAUCGGGCCUCACCCCCUCCACCACGAACCCCAACCCUCAUAGACUUACCCUUCAAGGAGUGUUUUUCAGAAUCAGUGCCGCGGGUCGGAUUAAGGUCAUCACUUUGAACUCAUUGCGCAGAGCCUCUUCUGGAUGCCUAACUGCACAUAUUACCUGACAUCUUGCUCUGACUAGAGAAGAAGACGUAGGUGAACACUGUUUCACCUCCAGCACUAACUGCGUUUUUGUUUUUAUUUUAGGCCAUCCGUAUGCCUUAAAGCAACGUGUGUCUACUUGACCUCGGACACUGCCUGUGCGCUUGGACAACACUGGUAUAGAUGUUUUGUUAAACUAUUGGACCCGGGCUCCAGAAAUGCGUUUGGUUUUGCAGGACAUUAAUAUUUCCCAAAGGCAUACAGCGCUUAACUUCACUGCCAUUCAUUGAAUACUGUAUUUUUGCAUUGUAGGCUGUACUGUCUGUUUCAAGGAUCACAUCCGGUUUUCGAGUAGAAGAACCUGCAUUAUUGAGUUAUGCUCAGGUAUGUGCAUAUAACCAUAUCUAUGUAUUGUGUAUUUGGUUAUGUACAGGUAGGGCAGGUAUACAUCUUUUGGGCCUUGAGGAACUUUUAAUGUAAUUAGAUAAAUUUGUAUUAAAGGUACAGUAUGUAUAAUAGGUAUAACUAUAUCACAAAGUACAAAUAAACAUCCUUAGAAAAUUAGUAAUUGGGUUUUGUAAUAGAUCUAUGUAAAUCAUGAUUAAUCGAUGACAUUAACCUGUAUGUUAGAUAUUUUAUUUAUUCAGAUACCAGAAUGAAUAAUAUAUACUCAAAUAAAUGUUCGGUUUU